GGCCACGACGCUCUCUCCUCUCUCGCCUGGCUCGCGUCUGAUAUCGCGACAUCGAUGAGUCAAUAGUUAUGACCGCAAAAAACAAGAGAGCAUCGGAACCACGAAGAGCCAACAAACCCCUCAUGGAGAAAAGACGACGCGCCCGCAUCAACCAGAGCCUGGCCGCUCUGAAGACGCUCAUUUUGGAUUCGGCGAAGGCUGAUAACACGAAGCAUUCGAAAUUGGAAAAAGCCGACAUUCUGGAGCUCACCGUGCGCCACUUCCAAAGACAUCGAAGCUUGGACAUCAAGGGAGUCAAUCACUACAAGGCCGGGUACGCAGACUGCGUUCGGGAGGUGCAGAGGUAUCUUGAAACCCCUGACGCCCAAACUAUGACGGUGAUCGACUCCGGGGUGCGUCAAAGACUUCUGAGGCAUUUGGACAACUGCGUUGCUGAGGUAGAUGUGGACAUAAGACAAGCCAACAUCGUUCCACCCCCGGAAGAAAGACUGCAACCUCCAGAUUCCAGCAUGGAGGAAGUCAACAACAACUUGAAUACCACUCGUCUAGCAGAACCCAAACCUGAAGAUCCUUCACCCAGCAAGCAAGGCAAAAACUACGACGGUAACUUCGUGCUGCUCUUACCUGAACAUUAUGUGCAACUGGCUAAUGCACUUGGUGUCAAUCUUCGAUCCCAGAACGAUCCAGUCUCGAGCGCAGGUACUUCUAGUUGCGACAACAAAGGCGUUCCAGUCAACGAGGAAAUUCGUAAGUCCAAAGCUGUGGAAAGGCCUCUCGACUUUAGCAAGAAUAACGAAAACAGCGAUAUGUGGAGACCAUGGUAACUCCUCUGCUUUAGUUGUGAUGUGAUCUCUGUGCAAUAGUACCUAUCUCUGACUGAUGUGCUUACUGAGGCAACCCAUAGCUACGCUACAAAUAACAUGUUACCUGUAGUAAACUAUUUGAUGUGAUUGAUGCUAUAUUUAAAUUCUGUUUGAAAGUUUUCAUCCCGGGAGGCUGUGGUCCUAUUUUUGUAUGGAACUGUUUCGCGUUUUGCUGUACCGGGUGUGAAAUAUUUUCAAAGCUCCUGUAAAUAUGUACUAUAAACAAAACUUAAUGUAAAUAUAAAUCUGU